UUGCACGGGCCACACGUCUCCUGCUCGCGUCACACUUCUCCUCUGGGCCGCCUUGCUCGCGCUCUCUCGCGUCCUGUCGCUCUCAACCAGUCACCGCGGGUACGUCGCCCUCAGAGUUCAGCCUCCCCGGCCUCACGUCCCUUUCUUCAGGGCGUCCAUUCGAUAAGGACUUAUAGGAACACUGUUAGUUCUGCUCCCCCGCCUUUAUUUGUUUUGAUAAGUGGCGCCAGUGGAUUCCCGUAGCCCCACCUUCCGACUUGUAGUUAGCGUUCCCGACAGUCCGAGGAGGACCUCAAGUUAGGACGAAGCGCCUUAAUACAUCCACGCCCUCGCAGCCCCAUAGAAAGUUGGCAAGAGGAGAAAUUAAGGACACGCCGCUAGACCACUUGACUGCCACUCCUUCCCAUUACUAACUUUACAUCAUCCUUCCUCUUCACUGCCCGCCAUCAUUAGCCCUCCCGCCCCCCUUAUAUCCCCUCCCACUCCUGUCUGGCACCCAAGGGCUGCCCAUCUUCCCGUGGGAGGAGGUGGACUGCUCAGAAAAAACGCUGACUCAGUUGGACGAAUAAAAGUGAGAGUGGGAGUGAUCGGAGGGAAGCCACGGUGACUCGAAUAAAACGACGGAGAAAAGGAAGCGUGGGAACAGGAACAGUUCUUUUGUGUCGGAGAUUAAAAUAAAAAAAAUAUCCUUUACCAGCUUCGCCAAACGAAAGAGGAAACGAGAAAACAACGGAGAAAAUCUUGUGACCUGAACUGAACUCGGGAAAACCGCCUCGCUGACCUGACUUGUCAUACCGGUUCGCCCGCGUAUAGUCAGUCGAGCACCCUCGCAACAGGAAGUGGAGUCGAGAGGGAGGAACCCGAUCCACUGCGACGCGUUCGAGUGGAAGGAGAUUUGUGGAUAGUCCAUUUUCUCUCCCUUGGCAAAUCGCGUUGAAGCCGAGUGACUCGGAGAACCUCUUAAGAUUCAGUGUUUUUUUUCGAACAAGGAUGAGAAUCCGCCGGCAUCCGGUGCUGCGGUGAUUUCCGUUCGUGUAAAAACCGUUGGAUAUUGUGUAAUCCACUGGAGGAGAGUGACUAACCUUGACCAUCCGCACACGAGUUUCCAUUUUUUUUUGAUAAAUCACUCAUCUACUAUAAAUAUGAGUGGGAAAAAUGCUAGAGUAAAUCUCCUGAGACUGUUCUAGUAUAAAAGCAAGAGACAGUGAAACGAAGCAAAUAAAGGGCUCGAAUCGCACCAACUCCUCUAGCAACUUCUACGAAAACAGCUACCACGGCAGAAUCUCAGCUUGUAGGAGGCGGAGGGUCGCCGUCCCCGUUUAUCAACAGGACCUCUGUUAACGGCUCCUCCAAUCCCUUCUUCUCCAGGGCCUCUGUUCAUGCCAAUGACACAAUGAACACAUGGAGUGUGGUGCUCGGUGUGAGCUUCUGGGUGAUGGGUCUGAUGCCCUCGGAGGUGGGGCCGGCCUACCCGUCGACCAUUUUCACCCCUUCGAUGCCAGGCAAUACCCCGGACUGCGUCAAGGACCCCAGAGACACGUUCUGCAUAGCACCCAAAAAGUACCCCAAAGAGCGCAUAAUUUACCUUCUGGAGAACAAAAUGUUUGACAUCGACUCCUUACUAACGGAUGAAUCCCGCGACUCCUACACGUUCGAAGCCAGAGAAGCUCCGACGCUGCCCUCGAUGUACGGCUACGACCGCCCCCGGACCAGCUACGGACCGCCUCGCCCCCCGUCGUCCAGCUAUCUCCCCCCUCGCCAGAACUACAGCAGCGCCUCCAAGCCAGGCUACGCCCCCCCUCCGUCCCCUUCUAAGUACGGGCCGCCAACCAGCAACUACGACCACCCCCAGACGUCCUCGUACCUCUACGACCCGCCCAUGCCCACCUACGACCAGGAGGGGCCCUACCCACGCUACCCGAAGUCGCCUCCAGGGUCCUACCUCCCUCCCCGGUACAUCCCCCCGCCCCCCCGCCCCCCGCCCAAACCCCAACCCUGGUGGAUGAAAAUCAUGAGGUCCUCCCUCCGCCGCCAGCGCCGUCAGAUCUCCUCCAUGGACCUCUGCCCCUACGAGUCCGAGUUCAUUAUGCCCAGGGUCGGUCUCAAUAACAGAGGCGACUGGAUGUUCCUCGUCAACCUCAACGAAGUCUCCAGCGAAUACACACAGUUGGUCGAGAGCAAGAAGUGCAUCACAAACAGCUGCACCGGAGCCUGUAACGUCCCCGACGGCUUCACCUCCGUGUGCCAGCAGCAGUACGUGCAGAAGCGGCUGAUCGCCCUCGACGCUAGCGGGAUGAGGCUUUCCACGGACACCUUCUGGUUCCCCUCCUGCUGCGUGUGCAAGCUAAACCCGAUCGGUGGAUAGUGGAACAAAGUAGUGUAGUGUAGCAAAGAGGAUGCAGAAAAAUUCCUUAGUUGGGCCUCCUUCUCCGGUCUGAAGGGUGAUUUCGAUACGGAAGUUUUCAGUCGUCAUCUCUCUUUCUAAAAUGGAAUGCUUUAUCCGAAACAGUAAGACAUUUGUUGAUUCACCCUCUGAUGUUUUGUAAGGAAAAGAGAAAGAUUCGGGUUGCAUAGCUCGAGAUACAUUGGAGUCAGGACCGCCGCAAGCUCUGAUUUAAAGAAAACGCUAAAAAGCCGACUUGAGCGCCGAGAGAAAACGCAGAAGUAAUUUAUGGGUAACCGUGAUAGUGACAUGUAUCGCACAAAGAGGCUCUGUGAACUGGGUAUUGUUGUUGCAGGUACAGUAGCUGUUAGAUUUAUGUAGCUUAUUGUGAAAAAAACAACAUUUAUUUGUUCUCGUAUUGUGUGUUCCAGAAUAUGUAAUCAAGUUACAGAACAUGGUGUAAGGAGGAGGCAAACAUUUGUAUGCCUAACUUCAAUAUUCUUUAAAUGAUUCUUCAGCUGGUUUGACAGGAUUCUUUUAAAGAUGGUUUAGUUCAAGAUCGUGUUUUUUUUUUCUUUUUUUAUUUUUUUUAUUCUUGUGAAUCUCCUUCUCCGAACGAUGGACUCCCCAAAGAAGAUUUUGUCCGGAAAUGGCCCAACCCGUUACAUGCAAAACGAGGAUUUGUACAAUCAGUCUCUUAAGUUUUGAUUAUUUAUAUGUUGAGGAUAAUCCCUUAUUUAUAUCCUUGUCACACUUAUUUUUUUAGAACGAUUAUGUGAAUAUAUAUAUCACCUAGAAUGUGUUGUGCUGCAUAUUUUAGAUAAAAAUAUAGAUGUUCAGUCCUAGCAGUGUUCCCCUAUGAGAAAAAAUACAACUAACAAAAUAAAAUUCACAAAAA